AAAACGUUGACACUGUCUUUUGUCAUUGUCACUUCAUAGUUAUCAAAUUCUGUUGAAAGUCUCAAAAAAAUCUCAACUCAAGUUGAAAACGAAAUUACGAAAUGCGAAUGAAAUACAAAUGCUUGUUGUAAACGUAUUGUUAAUUUUGAAAGUUUUACAUCUGCAAAGAUACGCCAAUUAAGGUGAAGCUGAUACACCGCUAAAAUUUGCAUUUUAAUAAACAAACGCAAGUACUUACCUAGUUAAUUUAUUACAAGAAGAAUGACAUCUAAACUAUUAGUGCCAGUAGCAUUAGGCUUGUCUCUGGUCACAGUGACAGCCUUUGUGGUGUACUACGUGUUCAAACAGGAUGAGGAUGAUGAAUGGAAGAAUGUGAAGACCUCGAGAGUAAACGUCAUUGAGAUCAGUAUUCCGAAGAGCAUCUUGCCUGCUUUGAUUGGUCGCGGCGGUUCCAACAUCAAAGGUAUAGAGGAGAAGACCGGUGCAUUGAUCCACUUCAAGAAAUUCAGUGAUAAGGACCACGAUGUGUGCAUCAUCAGAGGAAGGACCACUACCACCCAGCUAGCGGAGACCAUGAUACAUGAAUUCAUUAAGCAGCAACCGGUCAUUGUGGAGGAUUCCAUGGAAGUACCUGGAUGGUCGUGCGGCAGGAUUAUUGGGACUGGAGGCGAGAACAUAAACGACAUUAGCCACUGUAGCGGCGCGCGCGUGCGCAUCGAAAGUUCUGGUGAUAAGAACACAAUGAAGCAGGUCACCUUCCGAGGGACUAAGGAGCAGAUUGCACAUGCUAUGGAGCUAAUAGAGAAAUGCGUGGCGCAAGAGAAAUGCCGUCGCGAGAUCGAGCAAAGCAAGCGGAGCCCCCGGCACGAGGGCCGAGCCCCCAGCGCCGACCGCGAAGACAUGCCAGGUGACGUCAAGCAUGUCAAAUAUAAAAGGCCUGCAGAGUGCGGUGGCGCGCCGAUCGAGGUGUACGUAUCGGCGGUGUCUUCCCCGAGUCGGUUCUGGGUCCAGUUCGUGGGGAGGCAGGUCACGCAACUGGACGAACUGGUGGCUAAGAUGACGGAUUAUUAUAACAACAAGGAGAAUAGAGCGGCGCAUGCGUUGUCGUCAGUGAGCGUGGGCCAGCUGGUGGCGGCUGUGUUCCGCCACGACGGCCGCUGGUACCGCGCACGAGUUCACGACAUAAGGCCCAACGAGUUUGAUGCCACUCAGCAGGUGGCAGACGUGUUCUUUGUAGACUAUGGCGAUAGCGAAUAUGUAGCGACGCAUGAGCUGUGCGAGUUGAAAGCCGACCUGCUGGGGCUGCGGUUUCAGGCCAUGGAGUGUUUUUUGGCGGGAGUGCAGCCGAAGUCGGAUGAAGCAACCGGCACUCCGCGCUGGAGCUCCCAAGCCGUAGAGAGAUUUGAAGAUCUCGCUCAGGUAGCGAGAUGGAAGCCAUUGGUGUCUAGAACGUGCACGUAUAAGAAGACUGCGACUGUGGAGGGGGAGAAAGAGAAGGAGAUACCCGGCAUCAAACUGUUCGACGUCACCGAUGAAGGGGAGCUGGACAUCGGCGCAGCCCUAGUGGCGGAGGGGCUGGCGGAGGCGGCGCCGCUGCGAGCGCCCGCGCCGCCCGCCGCGCCCUACGGCGACCUCGGCCACUCGCGAGUGCUGGGAAUGCUGUCUGGGGGAGGCAGCCGCUGCUCUUCAGUCCCAAAAGACCACAAGGACGACCAACCAGUCAACACCACCCGACCUGACAGCCCUAAAGAAAACGACCGAAUGACUACAUCGAAAUCGCACGCUUCCGGCCUCGAGAAGGCUGACAAAAUCCAAGCGGUAUCUAACUUCGACCUGUCUUACCCCGACACUAAACCCAAAACCGUGAACGGGUCCCACGGCGAAUUUCUAAAUAGAGAAAAAGAGAAUUUAGACAAAGAAGCGUCAACAGAUACGUUAGUACCUGCGCAGACGCCGGUGUUGUCUAAAUCGCCUCUAGAUGAUUUCAAAGCGAAUAUAAACAGGAUCGAUUCACAUCAUAGUAGUUUGGAAGCGUUGGGUAGGACGCACGAGUUGCAUAAGUAAGUUAUGUGGCGGUCGAUAAAGUUUUAUACGUAUUUUUUUUUCAACAUAAACAUGAUAUUUAUAGACACCACAAUUCCGAUGAAAAAGUAUCAGGACUAAACUCAAUCGUCGGUCUGUUCGAAAAUGGAUCUUAAUAAUAUUGCAAUUAAACACACAAUCGACAAAUAUAAAAGUCAGUAAAACAGUUUUGUAUUAAAUGGUUGUGUGCUUUAUUGCUUUGUUAUGAUCAAUUUUUCAAUUGUUAACAUCUGUAGAAUAGCGUUAGUUCUGACAUUUUAUUCUUCGAUUUUCAUGUAUCUAGUAUAGAAUUGAUCGAAGUUUCUUCACGUUAAAUAAAGUGCUCGGCACAUUAGCUCAACUAACAUCACAGAGUUAAUAAUAUUUCUUCGUUCAGAACGCAUUUCGAACACCCCUCCCACACCUCUUUUUAUAUCUCAUCUUACCCACUGUUUGACAGUAAAUAACAGAUACAAAAUAAGCAAGCGUGUACUCGAAUCGAAUGCUCGUUCUAUUAAAAAAGAUGAUGUCCGCGAUCAUGUAACCAACUUGGAAAAUUGUCUACUUAAGCAAAACUUAAAUCUUUUUAAAAAUAUAUAUGUCUCUUUCUAAUUAACGUAAUCGAAAGAGAUGAAGGACAAUAGUAAUUGGAGGAUAUUUUAAAUUCUGCUAAUUUUUAUCCGGAGUUGUUCCUCCAAGUUGGUUAUAUGUUCAUGGUUCGGAAUGUAUUACAGUGGCGGCAAUCGGCAUAUGUACUUUAGCCCCAAUAUCAUAGGUCAUAUUAUAAAUUCUAAAACACGUAUGUUAUAGUUCAAUUUUGUUUCAAAGUCUAAUGUAUAAAAAGUUAAAUAAGUACUUAACAACUUGAUAAAAAUAUCACUAAUGUUAUUUUUCGAAAGUAUUGAUACUAAAUUUUUUAAGCUUAUCAACCAUAAUAUGGAUCCUAAAAACUUUGUAAAAGUGUAUUUGUCUGCGUUAGCAGGUGCAGUCAAUUUGUAAAAAAUAUAUUAUGUUAAAGAAAAACAUAUCUUGUCAAUUGUUGAUAUUGAAAGGACAUCGACACUUUGAUAGUCUGUAGUCGGCCUACAACGUGGCUUUAAAAUGUUUUAAUUAGUAGGUACAUAAUUAGUUAUUUGUUUCUCUUAUCAUCAAGCACCUGCCUUUAUAUAAGGUUUGUCCUUACUUAGUGCAAACAUAAUAAGAGCAAGUGCAUUGCAGUUGAUUUUUUCAAUUUUAUCUUACAGUUACCACUAUUAUAAGUGUGUACCAUGUUUAUAUACAGUCAACUUCAGGAAAAAGGUUUGUUUAUAGAACAAGGGUAUUUCUCUACGGUUUUCUGUACAUAAGCUAUGAUAUUUUAGGUUUUUUACAAUUAUUUAUAUACAAAUAUGCAGGACAGUAAAUCUACUGAACG